CUAGAAAGCCUACGCCCCUCUUUCUCUCCCUCGGUGGGGUUGAGGAGGAGAUGAGGGCGGUGACGGGAUCACUGGCGUCCUCGAAGCGGGUCUCUGUCUCGAAGGCGGCCGCCAUUCUCUCCCGCUUCGCCGCCGCGGAGACGGGCGCUCGCCGGGACGUCGCCGCCUACCUCAAGCGCGCCUCUGCUGCCUUCGACGAACUCGUCCACUUCCAUCGGGAGGUCAGUGGUCGGCGGCGACCGGAGCGUGGGAGCCAGCAGGAAGAGAAGGAGGAGAGGAGGAAGAAGCGAGCUAGCGGCGUCGGCGAUCCCCACUCGAGGGAGGUAGAGGAUAACCCUAGAGGAAGGCCGGAGGAGGAGAUCGGAGCGAUUCGGGACGUGGAGGAGGAGAAGGAUGUGCUGCAUGACGGCGGUGAUGGAAACCUGACGGAGGUGGAGGGGGAUUAUGUAGGCGGAGUGUGGAAAGGAGAGGAUGGGAAGAGGAAUAAGAACAAAAAUGCGGCGAUCGAUGAGAAGGAAAGAAGCGAUCUUGGGAGGAGGAAUGAGAAGAAGAUGGGGGUAGAAGGAGAGAAGAGGGAGGAGGAGAAGAACAGGAGCAGGGAGAUGGACCAGGGGGGAAGGGAUGGCGGUGGAAAGAAAAGGAAGAAUUUGGAUGAUGAUGAUGAAAAAAAAGGGGGAGGGUUGGAUGAUCAGAGCGAGCCGCAUAAGAAAAGGAAGAAGAGGAGGAAAGCCGGAAUGAAUGAGUAGGAAUUGAAGGGGACAAAAAAUUGUUUUUUUUUCCCGGAAGUUUCAUUAAAGACAUGAUUUCACCUUUUGUUAUUCUUAUUUUUAAAAUCAAUGAAGUUUUCAUUAUUUCAUGAAUCUUGAAAAGGCCUAGUUAAUAGCUCCAUUGUCCUCACACCUUAGAUUCUUCUAACUUCAUUUAGUUAGUACUAAUUAACUUAGACUGAAAGAAAGCAGGGAUGUUGGAGAACAUACUUCUAUGAAGUUUCUGUGUAGAUUCUAGAUUAUGGCAUGUUACAUUGCACGGUAAGGUUGUCUUUCUUUAUAACUAUAGAAUAGUUUUGUUUGUGAGUAGCAAAUGUUAAUGUGCAAUCCACCUUGAUUUUCCCAGUGAAGUGAUUGCUAUUUAAAAUACAUUUCAGUGAGUAAAGAAAUGAUGUAGCAUGCUCUGUAGUGUACUAAUUUAGCAUUGUCGUGCGCUUCACUGUUCAUGUAUGAAUGUUUGCCCAGAUUGUCUCUAAACUCGAACUUCUUAUAGCUCUCCAUCUUCUCUCUUGUGUCCAUUUAUCAUUCCCGUGGUGAUACAUAUUUCACUAACUUGCUGUUUUUAUGGCCACCAGAUCUAAUUGUAUAUGUUUAUCUCAAAAUCCAUGAUACUGCUUCUAAGUGAAUAGGAUUAUAGUAAAGCAAUGCCUUCAUCAUUAUAUGCAAUAAAGUUGUUCGGGACUCUUAAUCCUGUAAUAUAUACUAUAUGAAGCAUGGCAUGGAAGGGGCAGAAUGCUCAUGAUGUUAAGGAUUUAGGUAGUUCAUUUAAUGUAUUGUAACUUUUCUUUGUUUCAUGAUUUUCAUGUCCAUCUGGUGGUGGACUGUAGAUAUACUUUUAGGGUGUCAUUCAAUGCAUAAUAGCUAGCAAGAUAUUGAGAACUAAUGUUGACUAUCAUGAGAAAAUAUUGAAUUUUUUUCAAGAAUUCAAAUCAGUACAUCAGCUUUAAUUAACAUAAAAGAUAAAAGAUAUGCUGGGUCUGUAUUUGUUAUAGGAGAGGCAAAAGUAAAUGCUUAGAAGCUUAAUAUUACCAUCAAUUAAGAAUACAACCAUGGCAUGUUUGAGAUGUCUCGGUAAUAUGCAAGGACGUGAACGAAAGUUAAAUUUUGUUGAGGGUGGGGAAUAGAUUUGUAUUUAAGGAUCUGGGAAGAGCAGGAUGCCUAAGAAUACAAUGGAUAUGCAUGCAGGAUGCCUAAUAAUAUAAUGCAAAUGCAAUGGAAAUGUUUUAAGGAGUGUGCUAGUGAGGGAGAUGAAGUAUAAGAGUAAACUUUAUGGGUCAAAUUUUGUUGAUUGGUGCUUUUGACACAAUUUGUUUUGUCUCGGAUCAUGGGUUUGGACCUCAGACCAUAGUCCUUGCAGUUAGUCUCUAAGAUGCCUGUAUGAUUUGUAUGGCCUAAUACAACAUUUGUUUAUAUGUAUGUGGAUGCCCUUGUCAUAUUUUACACUUCUCUGCAUCUGAGAAAAAGGUCCAUUUAUAGGGUCGUAUGAGCCAGUAAGCUGUACUCAAAGUGUCUGUUGUUCCAACUUCUUCAAUUCUCCUUGUGCAACUUUUAAUGAUGUUAUUACAGUACACAAGUUCAGGCCACAUCAUUACAUCAUUUGAUUAUCCACCCUGUUAUCCUCGUUUAAUUCCACUCUUUGCUUCCCUUGGUUUAUUCAUUUCUAUCUCUAUCUUUGUUUUGCCACUUAUUCAUUUAAUAUUGUCAUCUCUGCCAUUCUCACCUAAAUUCUCAGAUACACUUUAUUUUCAUGUAAUUUACAUCAAGUUUCUUUCUAGGGGCAUAACUUCAUAAGUUUACCCAUCUCGAGAAAGUUGUUAUUUUUCAGCCGCCUCAGUUCCAGCUGUAGCUGUCAUUUUAUGCAUCAGUAUAAUUUUUAGAUAUAUAUUGCGUAAGUUCAGGCCACAUCAUUUGAUUGUCCACCUUGUCAUCCUCAAUUGAUUCUACAUUUUUGCUUCCCUUAGUGUACUUUUUUUCUAGCCCUAUCUUUGUUUUGCCACAUAUUCAUGAAAUAUUGAUGCCUCUACCAUCCUUUGCUCAGACACUUCUUAUUUUCAAUUAAGUUGCAUCAACUUUCUUUCAAGAGGCAUAACUUGAUAAGUUUCACACAUUUUCAGAAAGUGGUUGUUUUUAAGCCUCCUCAGUUCCACCUGUAGCUGCCAUUUUAUGGGUUACAGUUUAAUUUAUGUGGAAGGUGCCAACUAUCCUGCUGGUCUUUAGUUGGUUUUAGUUGAGAUUUGGAUUCAUGAUAACUUUUUCCCUUUUUUUUUCUUUUCUUUUCUUUUCUUUUUUUAUAGGUCAAUGGACCUAGAAAAGAACAAAGUUGAUUUCAGGUCUCUUUUUGUGGCAACUGCACUCACAAUGAGAAAUGUACUGAAGAUGUGCUUUUACUAUGUUGUGUUACCACAGCCUCCUGGUAUGAGUUGACGAAACACUAUAUGUGAUGCCAAUCACCAUAUUUUAUGGUUUAGAGAGUUGGUAGUUGAAGGGGUUGAAGACUCCAUAAGUUAAUUUCUAAAAAAUUGUAUUGUAGAUCAUAGACAUGUCUUAAGAUGAAAACCAGUAGAGCGAUAGAGAAAUACAAUAGAGGAAAUCACAGAGGAGGAAUCAAGAUGUUUCGUCAAGCAUGAAACUAAACUUCCUGCCACAGCUGCAUAACAUGUAUUGAAUAAAAAUAUGGAGAUUGUGUAAUAAACCUUGAGCAUAAUCCAGUAUUCCUUAUCCAGUUGUGUUCAGCUUUACGAAACCAUUUGUUACAAAUGAGCUGCAAUCUCUGUCAACAGAAACUUGUUCAAAUCCUUCAUCCAUCAUCCCUUUUUCCCCAUCCUCCUCUAUUCUUUUAUUCAUUGCAUGUUUUUGUUCGACCUCGCUUGUAGGAUACUUGGACACCAUGCAUUAAAAAGGUGGUCUUCUUGGGAAAAAUGCGUAUUCUCACAUGGAAACGUAGUAGGCAGUAAAUUGAUUUUGAUUGGUGUUAUGCUUUAUGAACUGAAUCAGGUAACCAAGAACUCAGUGCCAAGGAAAAUGUCUAGAUAUAAACUUAGCUCCAUGGCAAUAAUGUAUUAUAAAAAAUACGAAGUGAGAUGCAAUUCAACACUAUGACUUAUUCAAAGAGGUUAGUUGUAAGAUUGCACAUAUAGCUCUCUUUGAUAAUAUUCUUUCCUAAUUACUUUGAUAAUCUAAUGUAUUAUGAUGCAUUUUCAGUAAUUUAUUCAUGCUCUUAGAAGGAUCUGACUGUUAUGCUGGGAAAAAUUGUACAGGUCUCACCUGUUCCACUAUUUACAUUUUGUGCUGCCUUUUGAUAUUGGCACCGAACAUUUAAGUUGAUUACCGACAUCAUGUAGAGCAUAAUUGACUAAGUUGUCAGAUUAUCAUGGUCUGCGAAUUUGAGACUUAUUUCUCCAGGAAAAGAAAAGAUCAAGGCAGUUGACUGUUGCAAAAAUCUUGAGGGAGCUGUCCAUCAACAAUAAUCUCCACAGGAAGCACCUAUUAUUUUUUAAUCAUAAGGAUGAGCAUGCUGCUCACUUUCAUGAACUCAAAGCCAGUGAUGGGAGGAGAAAUGAAGGUUAGUCAUUGAUUAUGGCUUGUCAAGCACCAAGCAAUAGUUGUUGGCUUGUUGCUGGAUGUUAAACCUAGUAGCUUAAAAGUUGAACAUGUUUGAAAUCUGCUAGUGGCUUACAUGCAAUCUACUAAGUUGAAGGUUACCAGUUUGCUUCUGGAUGAGUGGCUGGGUGAAUGUUUAUUAGUCUUUCAAACUUCAAAUCACAUACAGAGUGUCCUUGCAGUUCUUAGGUGGCUAGAGUCCACCUCUUGAAAUGAGAAUA